AUGUUGUGUGGUGGAGACCGCGAGAAGGGCGAUGUAGCCAUGGAGGAGAGAUGGGACUACGUGAACCUAGAUGACUUUAAAUCCGAAUCUUGCUGGACGCCUUUUUCAUACUUCUUCUUAUGGGUCUUCUUGUUUAUCUCCAUUGCAGUCUACGGUGUCGACACAUUCACUGCAGUCAACUUGCUGGCUUUCUCUCGAUGGUCUGGCAGCGUUGAACCCGCCAUUCCCUUCAAUAUCUCCCGCUGGAUCUUCGCCGCCUGCAUUAUUGCUUCGUUCGUGAUUCUGGGCUACCGAUGGAUACAUGCCAUCCGCGCCAUACGAUCGGGUAGUAUUACUCGCAGUUUUCUGGACCCGCUGGCUGUGCGCAUUCAGAGUAUUCGCAUGAGCAAGCGAGGUCGUGGAUACAGGAGAUUCCUUGUCUUCGCUGAAUUAACGAAAGACAGGAAAGCAGCAGAAUAUGUUGCUCUUUAUUCAUACUUCUCUUUUCAGUCCUGGAUGAAUACGAUCUUCGCAGAUGGCCCGCGUCAAGUUCUCAACGGAAUCACACUCUAUUCGGUCAUGCAGAUGGACCUCAUUCCUGGAGGACAGAAUACCCAUGACGAUGGAAGUUCGGGAAUCGGUCAAUUCUUCAACAACAUCAAGAUUCUAGCCGAGCAAAACACCCUUCAAGUUGUGGUUUUGUUUGGUAUGCUUUUCACUCUGAUCGUCUGGGUCCUAUCAGUUCUCAGGUUGAUUUCGGCGAUCGUACUCUAUCUGAUCUUCCUGUUCCACCAUAUCCCAGCGGAAGACGGUACUCUUUCGAGGUACUGCCGUCGGAAGGUUGGUCAACGGCUGAAGCGCAUCGUGCACCGCAAAAACAACAAAGCCCUGGCAAAGGGACUCAAAUUACAGAACCGAGCACCCACCCAACCAAUGCUAGCAACGGAUUCGAAUCCAACUCUACCGUCUCUCGCCGGAGACAAGGCUCCCGCAGUGGCUACCUUGUCGCGAAGUACCACCGAAACCACGUUGCCGCCUUACUCGCGAUCGACUUCCUCGACAGCGCCGGGACAAAAGCCGACGCUGCCGAAUCUGGACUUCGAUGCCAAACCAACACUGAGUCGAACCGGAACUUCAUCUUCAGCAAUGUCCGAGGAUGCUUCACUGACAGGCAAUGCGGCUGGAAUGGGAUACUCUCCUCUUGACCGCCAGAAACCGACCCUUCCCCCGGUCCCUCCCUUGCCGGCUAACGUUCCAGCAAGGAAGCCCGCUCCUCACUCCCGACAAACUCCUGCGCCAUAUGGCAAUGAUGAUCGUAAUAACCCUGGCAAUGGAUAUCGAAACCUGACCGAUAGCUCUGAGUCUCGGCCAUACCAAAGUCACACUCCAGCGCCCGACUAUACUUCAGCUGACAUGGACGCUUCCGGUGAUCGCGGUUAUUUCAACCGUGACCAUGCGCCUGCUCACUACGAUCCCUACGGCCCCCGCAGGGCCGCAUACGGCGAAGAGGAUGGAUACGGAGGAAGAUACGAGACGCCCAGUGGCCAGAGAGGCGCGCCUCGUGCACAGCAAGGCUACGCGCAGCAGGAUUACGCGCAACAGGACUACGCGCAGCAGGAUUACUACCCACGAGAUCCAUACUCAUCGGAUCCAUAUUCAACAGAUCCAUAUUCAACAAGAUCCUACACGCCGGCUAGCACUGGUGGGACGCCUGCUCCAUAUCGGUCCAACACCCCGGCAAGCUACCGACCCACACCUCCCCCACAAGCAUCUGCAACAGCACAGCCUCCACCAAGGACGUUCACUCCAAUGAGUUCAGCAACUCCUGCUCCUCAACUUGCCUCUCAAAAUGGCGGCUAUGCAGCUUUCAACCCAUCAAUGGCUCAUCACGCACCCCAGCCUCACUCCCAUGGACCUCCCGGUCCGUCCAGCUAUACUCGAGCAAACACCGCUUCGCCCUCGGCCAUGCAUCGCGCUCCACCAGGGCACACGUUCACUCGCGCAAAUACCCACCAAUAUUGA